CAAACAUGGAAACUCUUUCUUAUUUCAGUUCUCGACACAAUUCAUUUCUCUCUCUCCAGCCGGCCUUUGAUUCGUUUACUUGUUUUAUACAUUCACAGAAUCUCUUCCUCUCAUCUUCUACAAUUCCGAUUACUUAUAUAAACAGAUUCUUCUAACUUCUUUAUUACAGACUUCUUGUUUCACUUAGUCACUCUCAUCAAUGGACUCUCCAUUUCCCUCCAUUUCGCUUCUUUUCAUCGCACUCUCAAUUAUUCUUACACUCGCUCAAUCAUCAACGAUUGGAGUCCAGUACAUCUCGCGCCUUCUUGAGAUUCAGGACCACGAGAGAGCUCCUCCGUCAGUCCAAGUAGCCGCGGCGUACGGUGCUCUUCAACGCCUCCUUCCUUCUCAUUCUUCUGCCUUCGAAUUUCGGAUUAUCUCUAAGGAACAAUGUGGUGGAGAGACCUGCUUUGUUAUUAGAAAUCAUCCUUCUAACUAUAUACGUCACGGUCCAGAGAUUUUAAUAAGUGGGGCAACUGGAGUUGAAGUUUUGGCUGGGCUGCACUGGUACUUGAAGCAUUGGUGUGGUUCACAUAUAUCUUGGGAAAAAACUGGUGGUGUUCAAGUAUCUUCAAUGCCCAAGUUAGGCUCUUUUCCCCGUGUUCAAGAUGCCGGAGUUUUGGUUCGGAGACCCACCCCUUGGAAUUACUACCAGAAUGCUGUUACAUCUAGCUAUUCUUUCGCUUGGUGGGACUGGAAAAGAUGGGAAAAGGAAAUUGACUGGAUGGCUCUCCAAGGCAUCAAUUUGCCAUUGGCAUUUACAGGGCAAGAGACUAUUUGGCAAAAAGUUUUCCAGAAGUUUAAUAUGAGCCGUUCAGAUUUGGUUGACUUCUUUGGUGGUCCUGCAUUUCUAGCAUGGUCACGUAUGGCAAAUUUGCAUGGAUGGGGUGGACCACUACCACAAAGUUGGUUGGAUCAACAAUUAAUCCUCCAGAAAAAAAUUCUUGCCAGAAUGCACGAAUUUGGAAUGACUCCAGUACAUCCAGCCUUUUCUGGAAAUGUCCCUGCAGCACUGAAAAAUGUAUUUCCAUUAGCGAAGAUAACACGCUUAGGGAAUUGGUUUUCUGUUAAGAGUGACCCUAGAUGGUGCUGCACUUAUCUUCUUGAUGCAACUGAUCCCUUGUUCAUUGAAAUUGGGAGAGCUUUUAUUGAGCAACAACUUAUAGAGUAUGGAAAGACUGGCCACAUAUACAACUGCGAUACAUUUGAUGAGAAUACUCCACCGCUUGAUGACCCAGAGUACAUCUCUUCAUUAGGUGCAGCAAUCUAUAACGGAAUGCAAAGUGGUGAUAGUGAUGCUGUUUGGUUAAUGCAGGGAUGGCUGUUCUCUUAUGACCCAUUCUGGAAGCCUCCACAAAUGAAGGCACUUCUACAUUCUGUUCCUGUGGGGAGGUUGGUUGUCCUUGAUUUGUUUGCAGAAGUGAAACCCAUAUGGAUUACUUCAGAGCAGUUUUAUGGAGUCCCAUACAUCUGGUGUAUGCUUCACAACUUUGCAGGAAACAUUGAGAUGUAUGGACUUCUGGACUCAAUAGCUUCUGGACCAGUUGAAGCUCGUAUUAGUGAAAAUUCAACAAUGGUUGGCAUUGGGAUGUCAAUGGAAGGUAUAGAGCAGAAUCCUAUUGUUUAUGAUCUCAUGUCUGAAAUGGCAUUUCAACACAACAAACUUGAUGUAAAGGUAUGGAUUGAUCAAUAUCCAGCAAGACGUUAUGGUAGAUCAUUUCCCUUAAUACAGGAUGCCUGGAAUGUAUUAUACCGCACGCUCUACAACUGCACUGAUGGUGCCUAUGACAAAAACAGGGAUGUAAUUGUAGCAUUCCCGGAUGUUGAUCCAUUCUUCAUUUCUGUAGCUCACAAAAGAAUUCACCACUAUGGCAAACCGGUAAAGAGCCAAACAGAUUCAUAUGAUCAUCCUCAUCUAUGGUAUUCAACUUCUGAAGUAACUCAGGCAUUAGAACUUUUUAUAGCAAGUGGGGAUGAACUAUCAGAUAGUAACACUUACAGGUAUGACUUAGUCGAUCUGACUAGACAAGCUUUAGCGAAAUAUGCAAACGAGCUAUUCUUAGAGACCAUAGAAGCCUAUCAGUUAAAUGAUGCUCAUGAGGUCGGGCAGCUCAGUGAGCGGUUUUUAGAACUUGUGGAAGAUAUGGAUAAACUCUUGGCAUGCCAUGACGGAUUUCUUCUAGGACCUUGGUUAGAAAGUGCGAAGCGACUUGCCCAAGAUGAAGAUCAAGAAAAGAAGUUUGAAUGGAAUGCAAGAACUCAAAUAACCAUGUGGUUUGACAACUCAGAGGACGAAGCAAGUCUGCUUCGCGACUAUGGAAACAAAUACUGGAGUGGACUUGUACGAGAUUACUAUGGUCCCCGAGCAGCUAUAUAUUUCAAAUAUUUGAUAGAAUCUCUGGAGAAUGGGCAUGGAUUCCGUCUGACGGAAUGGAGGAGGGAAUGGAUAAAGCUCACAAAUGAUUGGCAGAGCAGCCGGAAUUUGUACCCGGUGGAAAGUUCUGGAGAUGCUCUAAAAACAUCACGGUUGCUCUACAACAAGUACUUUCAAAGUAGUAGCAUAUAUGAUCACUGAUUAAAGCCGGCAUGUAAGUCCAGAAAAAUUAAAACUUCUGGAAAGCAGAUUAUAUAAUAACAUCUAAUUGCAACCACUAAACCUGAUUGGCCUUGUGGUUAAGGAGAUUUGUUUCCUUCAUUGAUUUUCUAGAUAAAUAUCAUCUAUCAUAUUAUAACUUA